AGCCAAGUUGCUGCUGGUAAUCCCUCCAGCUCAGAUGCCGGAAAGAUGCAGCCCGGGCGGGCGACUGCGCGAAAAGGGAGGCGCGUGACGAGGCAGGAGGGCGUCCAAAGGAAACGGGAGGGGGGGGGGCGAAUGAAUACUUCAGGUCGGCUUUCUAAUUAAGAGAAAUUCGGGCUGUGCCCCCCCCCCCGUCCCUUCCUCACGCCCUCCCCCUCGAGCGAGCUCGGGUUCUUUUUACGUCUGUGGGAGGCAGCAUAAGAAGGGCGAACGGAGGCAGGAGGGGAGAACUUCUUGCGGUGGCAGAAGCAGGCGAGCGAGCGAGCCAGCCAGCGGCGCUUCGCGGGGUUGCCUUGCGGGGGACUUGGAGGAGCUGCUUCGCCCACCCACUUUGCAAGUCGAUACCAAGCGCUGACUCUGCCGCCCCGGCCACCUCACGGAUACCUUCGGCGCCGAUAUAAAGCGCGGCCAUGGAGUAGGUGGGGGAGACUGGACGGCGUGAGCGCCGCGGAACCGAGACCGACGGGAGCAGCCAGGCGAAGCAAGCUUGCGGCGGCAGAGGAGAACCGUCGAAGGCACCCAGUGAGAGACAGGGAAUUACCCAGGAACGUGGCUCCAUUGCAUCGCUCUGAGCGGUUCUCCUUUGCAGUGCAAUGUGCAGACUCCUAAAAUCUCCUGCGCUGCUCGGACUGGUGCUUGUGAUGCUUUCGGCGGGACAUUGCAAAGAGAGAGCGGAGUCGAGUGCGGAGCUAAAGGAAAGGCAGAACCUCCUAAAUCUGAUCAUGGAGAUCAUCCAGGAGCUGAGAAAGUACCACCUGGAGGACGAGGAGGAGAACGGGGCACAGUAUAAACAAAACUAUCUGUUGGACCAGAGGGAAGUGACUGAUUAUGGAGGCUCCUCAGAGGAACAGAGAGUUGAAAUAGUUCCUAGAGACCUAAGGAUGAAAGACAAGUUUUUAAAGCAUUUAACAGGUCCUCUCUAUUUUGGUCCAAAAUGCACUAAACACUUUCACAGACUUUACCACAAUACAAGAGACUGCACCAUUCCUGCAUACUAUAAAAGAUGUGCCAGGCUUCUUACUCGGCUAGCAGUAAGUCCAAUGUGCAUGGAAGGAUAAGAUGUUGGUCUUAUCAAAGGAAAAAAAUAAUAAUCAAGAACCAUGAGAAGUGCCUUGGAAACUAACAGGGAAAUCAAAUACCAUCUUUGUAACAUAUUCCAUUGUGAACAAGAGAUUUAUUUUUGCAAGUUGAUGGACUACUUCUCAUAAUUCUUUAAAUAUGUGUUUUGUAUACUUGUCAACACUGUUUACAGAUACAUUCUUUAUGGUAGAUAAACUACCACUAGAACAUCAGUGUUUAAUACUUUUAGCUGCCCUACAUCAGAAGCGUUACAUUGCCAAAAGAUCCAGUAAUAUCACCCUUUUCAAGUAAAAAAAUUUACAUUCUAAUACUUUGUGGGAUCCUGGUCAAGGAGAAGUUGAGACCUUUCAUGCUUAGGCAAUUACAAAAGGUUUGGUUACAAACUUAUUCACAAAUCUGUAUGGUCAGGAUCAAAUCAAACUCCUAUAGUACGAACUGCAUGCCACGUGCAAAAGACAAAUGUGUUUUAAGUGGAACUUUGAAUUCUGACAUAUGUUUUCUGUACAAGAGAGGUAUAAACAUUCCAGCUAAAUGUGCAAUAUGUAAAUAAUGUAAAUAUCGUAAGUAAUAAAGUGUUUGGUAUAUGA